UCGUAGUAGAAAAUAAGUUUGUACUAUUUAUAAAUUAAAUAAACUAUUAAACUAGCUCGAGGCUGUGAUAAUAGUAUUUUAUGGUGUAUAAUAUUAACAGUACCGGUUGCAAUAUGUCGAACAAGUUUGAAAAUUUGAAACAUCACCAUGUGGACAACUCAGAUAGUGGCAGUGGGGACGAGGAAGUCGGUCCGAAUAUUUCAGACUUGGGCCCCAUAGAGUAUCCGCCUGGGGAGCACAGACUUCAACAUCCGUAUUGCCUCUGGUUCUCGAAAAGACCUUCACAAAUACAGGGUUCGCAGGGAUAUAGUCAAGCACUAAGGUUGGUAGGGCAGGUCGGCACAGUGGAACAGUGGUGGGCGCUAUAUUCCCAUAUGGUGAGGCUACAAGACAUACCAGCCCAUAGAGACUUACACCUCUUUAAAAAGGGUAUAAAACCCAUGUGGGAAGACUCGGCGAAUAAAAAAGGGGGCAAGUGGGUUAUAAGGCUUCGAAAAGAACAGGCGGGGAAAGCUUGGGAAAAUUUGUGUAUGGCUAUGUUAGGCGAACAAUUUAUGGCAGGGAACGAAAUAUGCGGAGUGGUCGUGUCGACUAGAUAUCAAGAGUACCUCUUAAGUAUUUGGAAUCGGACUGCGUCGGAUCAAGCGACGACGGCUCGGAUUCGGGACGCCCUCAAACGUUUACUAAAUAUACCACCAAGUGCCACCAUGGAGUACAAAACACACAAUGAUUGCCUUAAGGCCGCGAAAACUAUACCAAACAAUGCAUUGAAAAGUUGACUGCAUGACAUUGUGACUAUAGAAAUUUGAUUACAAAUCUGUUAACAGUUCUUUUUUUUUUUUCUUUUAACCCAGUGUCUAUGAAUUUGAAAAAAGAUCAAUGUUUUACUUUUA